CCUUAGCGGACGCCGCCGCCGCCCGCACCCUCCCUCCCUCCCUCCCCGCUGCCCGUGCGAGGGGACGCGGCUGUCGGCGGGGACGUGCGGCUUGUGGCCGCGGGCGGGCGGGCGGGCAGGAUUGUGAGCUGCGGACGGAGCAUGGCGGGGAAGAGCUGCCUACUGUGGACGCUGGUGAUGCUGAGCGGCGCGGCGACGCGGGCACAAGAUGAUGUGCCUCCCUAUUUUAAAACCGAGCCAAUUCGCUCCCAGAUCCAUCUGGAGGGGAACCGCCUAGUGCUGACAUGUAUGGCUGAGGGGAGCUGGCCCUUAGAGUUCAAGUGGUUGUACAACAACAUCGAGCUGACACACUUCUCCCUGGAAUACAGAUACCUGAUCCCAUCACUGGAUCGCUCCCACACUGGCUUCUACCGGUGUAUCGUGAGGAAUCGUGUUGGUGCCCUGAUGCAGAGGAAGACGGAAGUGCAGGUGGCAUAUAUGGCAGACUUCGAGAGUGGAGAAAAGCAUUUACAUGUCUCGCAAGGAAAUGCUGCAAUCAUCAAGGCUCCAAAGAUCGCCAGCUUCCCACAGCCCCAGGUCACAUGGUUCCGUGAUGGACGCAAGAUCUCGCCCAGUAGUCGAAUAGCUAUUACCCUGGAUAAUACACUUGUCAUCCUGUCGACAGUCGCUCCAGACACGGGGAGGUACUACGUGCAGGCAGUGAACGACAGGAACGGAGAAAACAAAACCAGCCAGCCUAUCAGCUUGACAGUCGAGAAUACCGGUGCUCCUGCAGAUCCCAUCGCUCCGGUUAUCAUCAUCUCACCCAGGAACAUCAGUGCUGUGCUGGGCUAUCCAGAGGUGACACUGGAAUGUGUGGCCAACUCCAGGCCAUUAAUUAAGCUGAAUAUCAGUUGGAAGAAGGAUGGGAUACCGCUGAGAAGUGGAUUGAGUGACCACCACCGGAAACUGACCAUCUUAAACCUGAAAGCGCGAGACUCAGGCCACUACGAGUGUGAAGCUGUGCUCCGAAGCAGCAGCGUCCCGUCAGUCAGUGCAGGGGCCUAUCUGUCUGUGCUGGAGCACCCGCAGUUGGUCCACGAGCCUGAGAGACACAUCAGCGCUGAGAUCGAGAGAGUGGUCGAUAUUCCCUGUCAGGCACAAGGAGUGCCCCCGCCGGUGCUGUAUUGGUAUAAAGACGCAACGCUCAUCACCAGGCUAACUGCCCCCAGGUACAAGGUGUUGUCCAACGGCAGCCUCCAGAUCAACGGGCUCGUCCCUGACGACACUGGCAUGUUCCAGUGCUUUGCCCGGAACGAUGCGGGCGAGGUGCAAACUUUCACCUACCUGGCCGUCACCAGUAUUCCUCCCAAUAUCACCAAGGGGCCAACCGACAGCACGGUGAUAGACGGGCUCUCGGUCAUUCUCUCGUGUGAAACGUCGGGGGCACCACGACCCGCCAUCACCUGGCAGAGAGGAGAGAAAGUGCUGGCGAGCGGUUCGGUCCAGUUCCCCCGCUUCACCCUGCUGGAGUCAGGCAGCCUCCUCAUCAGCCCAUCCCACAUCUCCGAUGCUGGCAGCUACAUCUGCCUGGCCACCAACUCCCGCGGAGUGGACGAGGCGUCCGGAGAUCUCAUCGUGUGGGCACGAACACGGAUCACAAAUCCACCGCAAGACCAGAGCGUGAUCAAAGGGACCAUGGCCUUACUGACCUGUGGUGUGACCCAUGACCCCAAUGUUGCCAUCAGGCACAUGUGGCAGAAGAACGGGGCUACGAUAGAUGUGGAUGCCAUCCCACGUAUGCGGAUUGAUGAGGUGGGGACGUUGUAUAUCUCUCAGACCUGGUCAGGAGAUAUCGGCUUGUACACCUGCAAGGUGCUCUCAGUCGGGGGGAACGACUCUCGGAAUGCACACGUCAGAGUGAGACAGCUGCCCCACGCGCCCGAGAACCUGGCCGCCAAACUAAGCACCAGUGAGAAGAGAGCCAUUGUCCUGACGUGGGCCAAGGCCUUCGACGGCAACAGCCCCCUGCUGCACUACGUAUUGGAGGUGUCCGAGAACAAUUCCCCUUGGACGGUUCACCUGAUGAGCAUCAACCCAGAAUCUGUGGGUCUGACUGUCAGAGGACUCAUUCCAGCCCGGUCCUACCAGUUCCGUAUCUGUGCCUUGAACGAUGUUGGCAGGGGGCAGUACAGCAGAGAGACGGAGAGGCUCUCACUGCCGGAGGAGCCACCGAGCGCCUCUCCCCAGAAUGUCAUUGCCAGCGGCAGAACCAAUCAGUCCAUCAUGAUUCAGUGGCAACCACCCCCGGAAAACCAGCAGAACGGCGCGCUGAAGGGCUACAUCAUCAGGUACUGUUUGGCAGGCUUACCCGUGGAACACCAGUACAGGAACAUCACCAGCUCCGAUGUUAACAACUUCCUACUUGAGGACCUCAUCAUCUGGACCAACUAUGAGAUAGCUGUGGCGUCGUACAAUGGAGCGGGGCUGGGCAUCUACAGCCCCACAGUCACUGAGUGGACCCUGCAAGGGGUUCCCACAGUGCCUCCAGGAAACGUGCUCGCUGAGGCUAUUAAUUCCACAACCAUUCGAUUCACGUGGACCCCACCCAGCCCGCAAUUUAUUAAUGGAAUUAACCAAGGCUACAAGCUGCUGGCCUGGGAGCCUGGUCAGAUUGAAGACUUUACCAUGGUGACCGUGCGGCCAAACUUCCAGGACAUGGUCCAUGUUGGUUACAUACGCGGCUUGAAGAAGUUUGCUGAAUAUUACACCUCUGUGUUAUGCUUCACCACCCCAGGGGACGGCCCCAGGAGUCCGCCCCAACUUGUGCGCUCUCAUGAAGAUUACCCUGGUCCAAUCGGACACCUCAGUUUCACGGAGAUCCUGGACACUUCACUCAAAGUCAGCUGGAGGGAGCCACAUGAAAAGAAUGGGAUUCUCACAGGUUAUCGCAUAUCUUGGGAGGAGUACAAUCGCACAAACACGCGUGUGACACACUACCUGGCAAACGUGACACUAGGUUACCGAGUCACCGGCCUAACUGCUCUCACAACCUACACUAUUGAUGUGGCAGCCAUGACGUCCAAGGGUCAAGGCCAGACCUCCUCUUCCACCAUCUCCUCAGGAGUUCCUCCAGAGUUACCUGGCUCCCCCACAAACCUGGCCAUCUCGAACAUCGGCCCUCGCUCGGUAACGCUGCAGUUUCGUCCUGGCUAUGAUGGAAAAACGUCCAUCUCGCGCUGGUUGGUGGAGGCUCAGGUCGGUGUAAUUGGGGAGCAUGAGGAAUGGCACCUGGUUCACCAGCUGGUCAACGAGCCUGACGUCCGCUCCCUGGAGGUCCCCAACCUCAACCCUUUCACCCAUUACAGGUUCCGCAUGCGCCAGGUCAACAUCGUGGGGACGAGCUUGCCGAGCCAGCUAUCACGCAAAAUUCAAACGUUGCAGGCCCCGCCUGACAUGGCUCCUGCCAAUGUGACCCUGCGCACUGCAAGUGAGACAAGUCUCUGGCUCCGUUGGGUGCCUUUGCCUGAAUCGGAGUACAAUGGGAAUCAGGAAUCAGUGGGAUACAAAAUAAACUAUGGGAAGUCAGAGGGGAAUGGGUCAACUCUGACCCACAUCAUCCACGAUCGUAUUGAGCGGGAUUUCACCAUCGAGGAUCUGGAGGAGUGGACUGAGUACAGAGUGCAGGUGCAUGCGUUCAACGCCAUCGGCUCCGGACCCUGGAGUCCACAGGUCAAUGGUCGCACCAGAGAAUCCGUUCCUUCCUCAGGUCCAACAAAUGUCUCUUCCCUUGCUCUAAACUCGAACAGCAUCCUGGUCAAAUGGAAUGAGGUCCCCAAACAGAAUCGCAAUGGACUCGUCCUAGGCUACAAGGUCCUUUACAAGGAGAAAGACCUGGAAACUCCUACGAAGUUCAGGACCAUUGAAGGCAACACCACCCAUGCUGUCCAACUUGUUGACCUGGGGAAGUACGUGCUGUACAAGAUCCAAGUGCUUGCUUUCACCAGGAUUGGAGAUGGAAUGCCCAGCUUCCCGCCCAUUCUUGAGAGAACCCUGGAUGAUGUGCCGGGACCUCCUGUAGGAAUUCUGUUUCCAGAGGUGCGGACAAAAUCUGUGCGGCUGGUGUGGCAGCCUCCAGCCGAGCCCAACGGGAUCAUCCUGGCUUACCAAGUGACUUAUCGGUUAAACACCAGCAGCACAAACGCGGCCACGGUGGACGUGUUGAACCCAAGUGCCCGGCAGUACACGGCCACCGGACUCGAGCCCGAGUGUAGCUACGUCUUCCGCAUUACGGCUCAGACCCGUAAAGGUUGGGGAGAGGCGGCAGAAGCCUUGGUGGUCACCACAGAGAAGAGAGCUCACCCGCAGCCCCCCAGCAAACCUGCCAUCCGACAGCAGGAUGUCCAGCCCCGCAGUGUGCUCCUGUCCUGGGAUCCCGGAAGUGAUGGCCUCUCUCCAGUCCGAUACUACACAAUCCAGUCCCUGGAGCUCCCCAACGGCAACUGGUCACUUCACUCGGCCUCUGUCAGCCACGAGUCCGUCACCUAUCUCGUCGACAGAAUCAAACCUUUCACCUCUUACAAAUUCCGUGUGAAAGCAACGAAUGAUAUUGGCGACAGUGAAUAUAGUGAGGACUCUGAUUCUGUCACCACCCUGCAGGCUGCUCCCGAUGAGGCUCCAGAAAUCCUGUCGGUGACGCCGCACACCACCACCUCGGUCAUGAUCCGAUGGCAGCCUCCGGCAGAAGAGAAGAUUAAUGGGAUUCUGUUAGGGUUCCGGAUUCGAUACCGAGAACUACUGUACGACAGCUAUCGAAGUUUCACCCUCCGCAGUGUGGCCAACCCUAGUGCUAAGUGGUCUGAACUUACACCAGUGUAUCAUGUUCGGAACCUGAGUGACUCUACACUCGCACAAUAUGAGCUGGACAAGCUGAACAAGCACAGACGUUAUGAAAUCCGAAUGAGCGUGUAUAACGCAGUGGGGGAGGGGCCGACCAGUCCUCCUCAAGAGGUGUUUGUGGGCGAGGCAGUCCCCACUGCGCCCGCCCAGAACGUGCAGGUUCAGGGUUCAACAGCAACACAGUUGGACGUGUCCUGGGAACCUCCCCCACCAGAAGCACAGAACGGAGACAUGCAGGGGUACAAGAUUUAUUACUGGGAGUUCCAGCGCCAGAAUGAGACGGAGAAACUGAAGACUCUCUUCCUCCCUGAAACCACCAUGAAACUGAAGAACCUGACCGGGUACACCACCUACCUCAUCAGCGUGAGUGCCUUCAAUGCCGCUGGUGAUGGACCAAGGAGCACUCCCAUCAGGAGCCGCACGCAACAGGCAGCUCCGAGUGCUCCGAGCUACAUCCAAUUCAGCGAGCUCACCACCACCUCUGUCAACGUGUCGUGGGGAGCACCCAAGUAUCCCAAUGGCAUCAUCGAAGGAUACCAGCUAGUCUAUGAGCCUUGCAUGCCUGUUGAUGGUGUGAGUAAGAUUGUGACCGUGGAUGUGAAGGGAAACAGCCCCGGAUGGAUGAAGAUUAAAGACCUGUCGGAUGGCGUCACUUACGCCUACCGAAUCAAAGCUAAAACCUUCACGUAUGGACCAGAAAUUGAGGCAAACAUCACAACUGGACCAGGGGAAGGUUCCCCGGGGCCUCCAGGUGAGCCACUGAUCUACAGGUACGGCUCCGUCAUCACCAUUCAUUGGUCCAGUGGGGACUCGGGAAAGGCCCCCAUCAGCCGAUACGUCAUCGAGGCCAGACCAUCAGAUGAAGGGCUGUGGGAUAUUCUAAUUAAGGAUGUUCCCAAGGAAGUGACAUCAUACACCUUCAGCAUGGACAUCCUGAAACAAGGUGUCAGCUAUGAUUUCCGAGUGAUUGCGGUAAAUGAUUACGGAUACGGAACCCCGAGUUCACCUUCCCCGUCAGUUUCAGCCCAAAAUGCAACGCCGUUUUAUGAGGAAUGGUGGUUCCUGGUGGUCAUUGCCUUGGUUGGACUCAUCUUCAUCCUUCUGCUGGUGUUCGUACUGAUAAUCCGCGGACAAAGUAAAAAAUACACCAAAAAAACAGAUUCCGGAAAUAACACAAAAGCUGGCACUCUGGCUCACGAAGAAAUCUUGAGCUUAGACAAUGGACGUUUCCCUGCGCUGGAGCUCAACAACAGGCGACUUUCAGUGAAGAAUUCCUUCUGUAGAAAGAAUGGUAUCUACAACAGAUCACCCCCACGACCAAGUCCUGGCAGCCUCCAUUACUCAGACGAGGAUAUCAGCACAAAGUACAAUGAUCUGAUCCCUGCAGAGAGCAGCAGCCUGACGGAGAAACCCUCUGAAAUAUCAGACUCUCAGGGCAGUGAUAGUGAUUGUGAAGUAGAUCAGAACAGACCUAAGACACAUUCCUUUGUAAAUCACUACAUAAGUGAUCCUACAUAUUACAACUCAUGGAGGCGGCAGCAGAAAGGCAUCUCAAGAAUUCAAGCCUACAGCUACACAGAGAGUGAAUCGGGUGAUCUAGCUCCUAGCCACAAACCUGCUACGAAUUCAACCAACAGCAUCCAUGUUCCUCAACAAGGCAGCCUCCUCCGAGCUAAGAGAAGCCUUACGCCCACCCCCCAGCAGCCUUCCAAUAGUGGCAGCCAGCCAGGUACCCUAUAUCGACCUGCCAGCAGCCUUGCUCCAGGAUCUAGAACACCAGUAGCGGGAUUUUCUUCUUUUGUUUAAACAGUACAAGAAGAUAUUCUUUGUUAGUUUGAAGAGUUAAUGUGUGGAAGACAAUCAGUAAAAUGCUGUUUGCAGCCUUGCACAGAUUUUAUUUGGAGAAAUACACACAGUUAAAUGGAAACAAACCUUUUUAAGGGCAUCCAGUGUGACGUCCUGCCAUGGCCCAAGGAGAAGGAGCUCUCAAGCAAUUGCAAAUGAAGUGGUGGAUUGGACAGAUACCCACAGAACUACUCAUGCUUUCCAAAUGGGCUUAGAUUCUAUUUGGUUGAAAAGUAUACAAAUCUCAUGUAUGGUGAUACAUGUGAGAGAUAAACAUAACCUGAUGUUCUCAUAGACAAUUGCCAAGUCAAAUAAUCCAGUGGCUGUAGUUAAUUUCAGUGUGCCCAUUAUAAAUUAAAAAAACGGAUAGGUUGGUUUUAGUUGCUAUCUUGGCUCUUUUCAACUAUUCAGAUUGGCGAAUUUUUACUUCAUAACUGCUGCAUGACUGCUACAAUGUGAGUCUCCAACAGCGAGUUAUCCUGCGCUUUCUAAAACUAUAAUGUUAAUAAUUUUAUCAUUGCUUUUCAAAAAUUUUCUUUGAACAAAUCUUCAGAUUUGUAUCCGAAGAUAUGGAGAUGUCUGCCUUUUCUUUGUCUGUUAACUUGUGGUUGUAAUUCACGAAGACAAGAAGUGUUUGCAUGAAUCACAAGACAUUAUUGACCAUGUGUUGUAAUGUCGAUCUUUGUGUUUUUAAGUAGAUUUACAAAAUGAAAAAAGUGUUCCCUCAAAAAUAAGGCCGGACAUCUGCCUUUAGGUUUAAAGGCUAAAUAUAUAUGAAAUAUCCUAUCUGUAGAUGCGAAUGGGUGAAGGUCAUCAGGAAAUUUCCUUCCAUAAUAAUAACUAUUACCAGCAUAAGGUGUUUUUUUUCUUUCUAACAGCAUAAGUCACAGACACUUGCUCCGAGCUAGUGGACAUCUUUUCUUCUGCCCUUAAAUUUUGGUUAACAGUUGCAAAUACAGUACAGGUACUAUUAAAUUCAAACCAGUUAACGACAAAUCUCUUAAAAUGUUAAUAAAAUCCACAACUAGUUUAGGCACACGUAUAUUAAAUCAUGUAACCAGUCUCAUGCUAAGCCCACUUAUUUGUAAGGUGUCACGAUGAUUUUUGAUUGCUCUUGAUUUCUUCUGCAUAGUUUGUUCUAGAUGUAAAAAAUGACAUUGUCAUGUAGGGCCACUGUACACACUGUAAAGACAGGUAGAGUCACCGAACAGGGGGGGCAUUACCAUUACCAUGAAGAACACUUAUUCACAUGGGGAUAUUGCUCUACCAUGAGCAGGAAAAAAGGAAUGAUGUGGGUAGUAAUUGUAAUCUUAGUACCUGUAAUUGUAGAAGCCACUGGCGGUGACCAUUCUGCAUUUCUCAGCACCCCCCUGCAAUUUCAAUUCAAAGCAAUUCAUUCAUGAAGAGAAAGUUAUUUGAACCCUGGGGUACAACAAAGAUGACAACCAACUACACAAUGAACUUUUAAAAUCUUGAUGUAUUUGCAGUCAGGUGAUAUUAUGGCCUUUUCUCGUUAAUUUAAAAAAAAAUCUAUUUUAUUUUCUCAUUUUUCCACCAUAGACUUUGUGAAAACAUUAUACAGCAACAUAGAAUGACCAUAUUGGAUAUAUUGCAUAGCACUAUUUUGUAGCAAGAGUAAUGUCACAAAAGCAACUAUUAAUUUCCCAAUCAAAAUUGAAGUUGAUUUGUAAUAUCAGAGGAAUAUAUAUUAUCAUUAAAUACCAAGAAAAUAUUCUCUUUUAUGACCUGAGGGUGAGUUACAGUUUUCAGGUCAGAACACGAUCAUUUGUAUCAAAUUGAUGUUUAUUACUUUAAAAAAAAACCACAGGAAAACAGAUUGAUGGUUUUAAUCUACUCAUAUGGAAAAGAUUUUGAUGUGAUCCUGGUGCAAAGUAAUCGUUUGUUCCAUCUGAAGUCAAAUCAAUAAAACAGAAAUGGAGUACAUACGGUACAACUGAAUAGCCGAAAUGUGUAUGAAGGAAUGAGUCUGAAGUAGGGUCUCGACCCGAUAUGUUACCCAUUCCUUCUCUCCAGAGAUGCUGCGUUACUCCAUCAUUUUGUGUCUAUCAUAGCUGAAUAGCCAUCCAUCUGACCAAAGAAUUCUCUACUUUUUAUUCCCGUUUUGCAAUAUUGUAUUGUGGAAUAGUAAUAAUAAUAAUAAUAAUAAUAAUAAUAAUACAAGACAUUUAAAUGAUACUGGGAUUUGAGUAUAGGAGCAGGGAGGUUCUACUGCAGUUGUACAGGGUCUUGGUGAGACCACACCUGGAGUAUUGCGUACAGUUUUGGUCUCCUAAUCUGAGGAAAGACAUUCUUGCCAUAGAGGGGGUACAGAGAAGGUUCACCAGACUGAUUCCUGGGAUGUCAGGACUUUCAUAUGAAGAAAGACUGGAUAGACUCGGUUUGUACUCGCUAGAAUUUAGAAGAUUGAGGGGGGAUCUUAUAGAAACGUACAAAAUUCUUAAGGGGUUGGACAGGCUAGAUGCAGGAAGAUUGGUCCCGAUGUUGGGGAAGUCCAGGACAAGGGGUCACAGUUUAAGGAUAAGGGGGAAAUCUUUUAGGACCGAGAUGAGAAAAACUUUUUUCACACAGAGAGUGGUGAAUCUCUGGAAUUCUCUGCCACAGAAGGUAGUUGAGGCCAGUUCGUUGGCUAUAUUUAAGAGGGAGUUGGAUGUGGCCCUUGUGGCUAAAGGGAUCAGGGGGUAUGGAGAGAAGGCAGGAACAGGAUACUGAGUUGGAUGAUCAGCCAUGAUCAUAUUGAAUGGUGGUGCAGGCUCGAAGGGCCGAAUGGCCUACUCCUGCACCUAUUUUCUAUGUUUCUAUGAAACACCUCUCUAUUGCAAAGAGCUCCCAAUAGUGCACAAAUUGAAUUAAUAAUCUUUAUUAUAACAUCAUUCAAAGUCAGGAGAGAAGGUCCAUCGGGAGGAGCGAAUGCCACCUGUACACAAGUCGUGGUCUGAUCAACUACGGCUGGGUCGCCUGGGUGAGGGUGUCCGAUGUUGAAAGACCCGAAACACCCAAUGACCUCAGGUUACAUCACUGAUGAUGUGUUCAGGAGCAUCAAUAGAUGUAUUUGUAUCAAAAAGUCAGCGCCAAAGUUGGGAAUUUUACGGAAGAGUCCAAAAUGUAUUUCUGGGAUAGUUGAAGUGGAAAUGCCAAACUGAAGGUAUUUGGAGAAAAGAAGGAAAUAUUUGCAUGUUAAACAUCCCAAAUUCCUCUGCAGUGAAUAAAAUACUUUAUGUGCAGUUACGGUGGUUAUGUAGAAAAUUUAGCAACAAAUUUAGACAUGGAAGUCACCCGAAAAAGCUAAUGUGAUAAUGACAGAUCAACUGGUUUUAGUAAUGUUGAUUCAAGAAGAUUUAUUGACAGGCAGGAAUUCCCUUCACAAUAAUGUCAUGGAUUAUUUUUACCAGCAUCAGUUUAAUGUCUCAUCCAAAGAAUGGUACUUUCAACAAACAGUAUAGUUCCUGAAUAGUACACUGGAGUCGCUGCAUUAGUUCACGGACUGAGGUCAGGGGAGUGGAACGCGAACUCGUAUCUGUCAAACUGAAAGUCACUGAAUCACCCAAGACUGAAAAUAUUUGAAAAACAAUUGUAUUUUAAUGGAGAUGAUGCAAUAAUAAAUCUGAACAAAUGGUCAGACUGGUGAGACUAGAUAUUUAACCAGAUUUUACAAUACAAAUGUUAUGUAGCCUAAGGAUAAAUUAAUCUAGCACUGCUGCCUCACAGCUCCGGAGAUCCAGGUGUGGCCUUGACUUUUGGAUGGAAUUUGCAUGUUGUCCCAAUGACCACGUGGAGGUCCUCUGGAUGCUCUGGCUUUCUCUCACCAACGCAGAUUGGUUGGUACAUUAAUCAGCUAGGUUGAGGUUUGUAGGCCAUGUUUGUAGUUGGGUGACAGGAGAAAUUAGGAGGGGGGCAGAGUAGUUGAUGGUGAUGUUGACAUGUGGUUGAUGAUGGUCACAGACGCAACCAUUUAAAUUUCUUGACAUUUAUUUCCAGGCAUUUAAAGAUUAGAGGGGAGUUUUUAAAAUUAUGAUGUUGCAAAUGCCAUGAUUUUGUGAGGAUGUCACAAAGCAUUUAAGUAGAGAAAGACAUGUUUGGCUUUAAACACACACAUAUUAUAUUCAUAUAUAUUUGAGAUCAUUUUAAUUUCAUUGUUAUCAAAAGUAUUUUCAAUAAUGAGUACAUUUUUAUCUACGAAAAGACUUGCUCACGGGAAAUGGACUACAGUGCAGAAUUUAGAAAGGUUAAAAGUAGGAAAAGAUAACUUAAGUGGUUAUGGUUAGAUAUUGCUGAUCUUACAUUAAAAAAACCCCCCCAAUAGAUUUGUACAAGAAAUAAUCUGAGAGAAAUAAGAUAUUCUGUAGUUUGAGAAGCCAGAAAGACUUUGUUGGAAAAUUGUGAAGCGAGUCCUCAAUUAGGAAUCCAGAUGUUCCUUUCAGCAGCAGAGUUUCAUUAGAUUUUCACUGUACCUCGGUACACGUGAUAAUAAACUAAACGUAACUGUCACCCACUGCUUUGAGACUCCCACUUAUGGUUAUUGGAGAUCCUACUCAACGCAGCAUCUACUUCUGCCGAUUUGUGGCAGCAAGUAAUUUUAACCAAUCCGAAUGAAGAAUGCUCAUUAUGACACAGACACCAAACCAUAAAAAUUAUAACAAUUAACUCAAAGUAAAAUCAUGUACAGAAAGAGUUCAUGAACUAAGAAACGUGGUAAUGUCAAGGAAAGAGAGAAGGGAUGAAGAGAAAAAUAAAAGAGGUUAAAUAAAAAUGGUGGUUGAAUAGUUGCUGAUAUACUCCUGAAAUAUAUGUGUUACAAUAUUUUCAAAGAACACUAAGUUGAUAAGUUAAUAGUUUUGUAUUUAAUGUAUUCCUCUAACACCACCUUAUUAAAAGAUAGUUCUAUCCAUAAUUAAAAUACACUCAAUAUUUUAAUGUAAAUAUUUUCAUAAAUCAAGAGGAUGGACCAUUGGCAUCCCCCGCUUCCCCCUUCCUCUCUCCACCACCAAUUUUCCUCAACCCUCAUCUCCACACAUCCAUUUUAUCUACGCACAUAACAUUAAAGCAGUAUUCAUGGAAAAAGUCAUGUCACAUUUAGAGCAACUUCAAGGAGACUUUAAUGGUUGCUAACAGCGCAGAACAAUAUUGGGUUAUAUGACAAUUCGAUUUGCCAUUCAGAAUUAUUUUAUAAAGUAGGAUAAAUGCAAAUAUGUCUGUUGCCAAGAAAGAAAGAUUUGGUGCUAGUUUCUUCUUUUACAUUCUUUCUAUUAAUCCCUGCAUAUUAUUUUACCAUAGAACAGGCCCCAAGUUAAAUGUUCAAAUGUAAACAUAUGCACUGCUAAAUAAUAUGGAUAAAUGAUUAAUGUAGAAUUGAAUCAAUUUAUUUACAUCAUUACCAUUCCAGUUAUAAUACUUUCUGAAGAUGGUGGAAGACCAUUUCACUAAACCAACUAAUUUAAGAAAGUGUUUUGUUUAUAAAAUAUUUUCAACAAUAUAUUACUGAAUAUGUCGGCACACAGGACCUUUCUGAUGAAUAUAUUUGAAACCAUUUGAAGAAUACAAUUUAUUUUUAAAGUGUUUGGCAGUGGAACCAAGAGAAUGGUUGGAAUUUACAAAUCAAAAAUUUACUUUGCAUGUGACUUCUAUGGAGCCUAACCAUCAAAAUAUUGUUUUAAUGUGUUUUGUCAAAUAAAUAUCAAAUAAUAUAUUGAUUAUUUAGCUAAAUUACUUUCAUAUCAGGAACUUCAAAUGAUAUUCUAAACUAAAGUGGCUUGUAUUUAGUAUUUGGUAAAAGGGUUGUAAUGGUUGGUUAAUCAAGAACAUCCACUUGCUAUUACAAUGAUUAAAAAAUCAUUGCUGGAAAUCUAAAAAAAGCUGAAAAAGCUAAAAAAAAUAAGCAGCAUAUCAGGACGUAUCUGUGGGAAGAGAUGCAGAGCCAAUGUUUCAGGUCAAAGACCCUUCAUUAGAAAGGUUCUGCCAUAUGGUUUUCAACUUGAAAUGUUCGCUCAGUUUCUCUUCCUACAGGUUCAGCUGACCUGCUGUAUGUUUCCAGCAUUUUAAUUUUAAUUUUAAGAGUUCUGAUGAUAUUGGGAUCUGACAGAACAUUUAAACUCAAAAGACAAAAGGCAGCGGAUAGCAAGGUGAGCUGGCAAAUUUGUGAGAUGACCAUUUAAUUCCAAUAAAAUAUCACAAGGAAAAUGUUCUGGGUUUUGUUGCAUCUGCUGACUGUUACCAAACCAAUAAAAAAAAAAGACACAACGUGCUGCAGUGACUCUGCGGGUCAGGCAGCAUCUCUGGAUAGAAUAUGUUUUGGAUCAGGACCCAAAACAUUGCCUAUCCAUGUUCUGCAGAGAUGCUGCCUCACCCACUGAGUUACCCCAGCACUUUUUGUCUCAUUUUGUAAACCAGCAUCUGCAGUUCCUCGUGUCUACAUUUUCGCAAAGCAAUCUCCUGUUAACCAUAUAACCAUAUAACAAUUACAGCACGGAAACAGGCCAUCUCGGCCCUACAAGUCCGUGCCGAACAACUUUUUUCCCUUAGUCCCACCUGCCUGCACUCAUACCAUAACCCUCCAUUCCCUUCUCAUCCAUAUGCCUAUCCAAUUUAUUUUUAAAUGAUACCAACGAACCUGCCGCCACCACUUCCACUGGAAGCGCAUUCCACACCGCUACCACUCUCUGAGUAAAGAAGUUCCCCUUCAUGUUACCCCUAAACUUCUGUCCCUUAAUUCUGAAGUCAUGUCCUCUGUUUGAAUCUUCCCUAUUCUCAAAGGGAAAAGCUUGUCCACAUCAACUCUGUCUAUCCCUCUCAUCAUUUUAAAGACCUCUAUCAAGUCCUCUUGUCCUCUUGUCCCAACAAGCAUGACAGGUUUCAAGUGAUUUUAUAAAAUGCCCUCCAGCAGUAACAAUUCAGCCAACUUUAUUGUGCUCACACCAUUUGUACAUUAGUAUAUUUAUCAUCUCCCUAUGAAUCUUGUGAAACAUUUUGCCUCUUUGCAUGAAAUGAACAGACAGUUUAGCCAUUGUAGAAAGUCUGGUGCCAAGAUGACACUGAGUGAAACGGUGGAAUACAGGAGGUCACCCAAAACUAUUUUCAGUUCACCACAACUGUAUUACAUUUAAAAAUGAUCCCCUUAGUAUACUUUAGAAAAUGUUCAUUCUUCUGCACACAGCAUGCAUCAAAAUUCCUUGCAAUAUCACCUUGUAGCUACAAUUAUUGCAAAGAAAUAACAGAGGUAUUUCCCUCUCACCUUUAUUCUCUUGAUUUCAGUCUAACUUGAAGGAUGAGAAGAAAGCUUAUUUUUCUCUGGCUAUCAAUUAUAGAAUCUGAUUUUUUUUUUUUUAAUUGCUGAAUGCAAAUGAAGGCCAAAUAGAAAUGCCCAACUGCAAACAUUAGUCACUCCCCUUUUUGGCAAUAUUUGUGAGCUUUGUACAAAAAUAGUGUUUCUAUAUAUUUUCUUAAAUUUUCUUAAAUAAUAUUAUUGUUUUUAAUCUGAUGUAAUUUACAAUCAUGAAAAAAAAAACAUUAUUGUAGAAAACAACAUUGUGAGGUAGCAAAAGUCUUCACACUUCAAUCUUAUGUUUGUGCAAUGAAUGACAGAUAUGCCUUUAUGGUAAGUUCAAACUGAAGCGAUGUGCUUCUAGAUAGUAUUUCAGCUUCUUGCUGGAAAUCUGACCUAUCACCCUGGAGAAGGACUGUAUGAAGAAAAAUGCUUCAUUGUUUUGCAUAUGUUUACUUUCUAUUUUGGCAAUCAGUCCAUAUCUCUGAACUGGUUUUAUGGUUAGUCUUGCUAUUUACAAACUGUGAUAUUUUCUGGUGGUUGAUGGAAAAUCUGCUUUCCAAUGAAAACUUAAAAGUCGUUAUAUUCUUUUCAAUUAUUGGUUAGAUUUGUGAAUUUUAUGUUAUAUUUGCAUUUGUGAACCGGUUUGUUUGUACUAUUCUUUUAACAGGUUAAGCUAUUUAUUGUUAAUGUUUUGCCGAAUUUAUGCUCUGUCUGCAACAAUAUAAUAGUUUGUAAGAGUGUUUCACUGUACACAGUACUUUACUGUUAUGUGAUUUUUCCCCUGUUAUGCUUUUGUUCAUGAUGUUUGAAUACAUUAGUUUUAUCUUUG